AUGCUCACCAUUCGCUUCGUUUCCGCAGCCAUUGCCUGUGUUGCGUUACAACUACAGAAACAUGCUGUAGCAGCUACGUCGCUCAAAGACGACCCAGUCACGACGUGCACCUCGUACGAUAUCGGCAACAAGAACUUUCCUGGCCGCGGGUCCGAAAUUGAAGACGAUGGUACGUGCAUAGUCAUUGUGCCGGGAAACCCAAGUGCUUCAAAGCGCAAGCUGGAGGCCAUACUGGACAAUGAUAUUAUAAAGUUGGAAGAUUUCUUCGGUGCCAAGAUGGAGAAGAAACUGAAGAACCUGCCCACUUCAGCUAGCCACCAUCCGUUACCAUGGAACGGCCCGAGCUGGCUUACCUACCAAGACAGCAUCAACUACGAGUGGAAGAAAGGUCAGCCAAGUCCUGCCGAAAAGUACGCAACCGCCUUUGGUCUCAACGUGAACGAUUUCAUGAACAAGGUUUCGGCUCAGAGUGGCAUCGAUUCGCAAAAGAACGUCAGCACAUCGUGCACUACGGACAAGGACUGCGACUCAUCGUGGGAACUAACGAUGUGUGCCAUCCGUACCAACGCGACAUCGGGCUACUGCAUCCCUUCGUGGUACGGUCUGAGUCAUGCAUGGGCACCGGCCUCCGUCAUCGAGAAAGAGCCCCUCUGUCCUGUGGUCUUCAACGGAGUAAGCUUUCAUCCCAUCGACAUUAUGGGGUUGAUCACGCACAUUUACGAUGACGCCAAUGUCGAUGUACCUGUCGUAUUCACUGGGUCUCGCUACAGUGGCGGCAACGACUCAACCGAUUCGUACGGCAGGAGUUCGGAUUACUCGUAUCGUGACGUGAACCCUGGGUUCUUCCAUAUCGCCGCUAGCAACCUCCUGGGCAAGCUCAAUCACACCUUCAUCAUUGACAAGUAUCCUAGCUACGGCGUGUGGAACCUGCCCGUAUACGGAUUUAAAGUGCUCGAACAGACAAGCAUGACAUUGAAGGAGGCUGCACAAAACUUCUACCACGUAGAAACAUAUCCUUGGAACGAGAACUCUACUAGCAUCGUCCACAUCAAGUCCCGUCUGUUGUGGAAUAACGAGACGAGUGCAGACUCUCACUUGAUUGUGCUUCGUGACUCCGGUGUGACUUUCGAGUACUUGCUCGAAUUGGGUGAAGACGAAGAGAUCAUCGGUGGGGAGUGGCUGAACGAGUCAAACGACGACCACCCAGAUUUCCUUUGGUUUCCCAAGGGAAAACCUGCUGCUGAUUCGGUGACGAGUAUCGGUUUGAGCUAUGCCAAUGUGACGGUGUUGCUAGAGAAAGCAGCGAUGUGCUCGACUCGGCUUAGAAGGCGAGAUGAAGUGAGUCGGUCUUGA